AUGGAAUUAGUAGAAGCUGUCAAAAAACAGAACGUAUUGGUCGUCGAUUUGAAAAACGAAUUAGUUGAAAUUCGUAAGGAAAACAAGACUCUUAUCAACAAGGUCGCCGCGUUAGAAGAUAUAGUGUCAAAUAAUAACAAACAACAAAUGUCAUUUGCCAAUAUUACUAAAGGCAUUAAUCGCAAUACGCCAGUCAAAUCUUCAACACGUGCUACUACUGCUACUAAACAUUCAACAGCUAUCCCGUCAACAUCGCAGGAGCAGGUCCAUAAUGCCGUUACGAAUGCCAUAGAUAAUUUAGAUAAGCCGAAGACUGAUGACUUUCAAGGCGGUGGGGCCGGUGUCAGAAGGAUAACUAAUGACUCUGCAUUUAUGGAUAUUUAUUAUCAAAAUGUUAGAGGCCUAAAGACUAAGGUGAAAUCGGUUUAUUGUAAUUCAUUAUCCAUCGAUUUCGACGUUAUUGCUUUAACGGAAACGUGGUUAACUCCUGAAAUUGCUUCCGGUGAACUAUUCGAUGCAAAUAUAUUUACUGUAUACCGCAAAGAUAGGUCGCCCGUAACGAGUGUCAAAGUUCGUGGUGGUGGUGUGCUUAUCGCAAUCAAAUCAACAUUCAAAUCGCUUCCUCUGAAUGUACAUCAAGUUUCCAUCGUAGAAGAAAUUUGGGCAAUAAUCGAUUUAAGUCCUCAGGGGACCAUUCUUGUUUGCUGCACCUAUAUCCCGCCCAACUCUGAUGUUGCUGUCUAUGAAUCCCACAUAACGUCUGUGGAAUCAGCUCUUGAUAAAUUCCCGGAAGCCAGAGUUAUACUGUUAGGAGAUUAUAACCUGACUAAUACCACUUGGGAUAGCGACGAGGAAGAUGGACACCUUACUGCUUUUUGUAAUCGCAACCGCAUUUCAGAGCUUAUAUGUGACGCAUUCAACCUGUUCGGCUUCCAUCAAUUCAACUCAAUCAACAACCGGGUGAAUGACAAUAUCCUUGAUCUAGUCUUUUCUAACUGUGAUACUUCCGUUUCUAACUGUGAUAUUAAUUUAGUUAACUGUGAUUCCUACCACCCAGCACUUAGUGUAGCGCUUCACACCCACCAAGGUUUCUUCAAGUGUGAUGACUCGAAUCAACAACCAGUCUACAAAUUCAAUUUCUCGAAGGCUCCUUAUGAUCAAAUCAAUGACUACAUUCGUUCCGUGGACUGGCAUUCACUAUUUUUCAAUGGAGAUUUGGAAUCAAAUGUUGAAAACUUUUACACAGUCAUCUACGACAUUUUAAAUGUAUGUGUUCCAAAAAUUAAAUGUUUUAAAUCAACGUACCCGCCAUGGUUUAGUAGUAAACUACAUAAGCUGAUUAGGGAUAAGAAGCUUGCCCACAAAACAUAUAAAGCAUCUAAGAGCAACAUCGAUUAUCAAGUUUUUACCGAGUUGCGAACUCAGUGUAAAUCCUUGACCACACAGUGCUAUGACACCUUUAUUAAAACCUGUGAAGAAAAUGUUACUUUAAAUCCGAAGUCGUUCUGGAAAUUUUAUCAUAAUAUGAACAAAACUUCUAUUAUCCCUCCUUUGAUGAUAAAAGAUGAUGAGUCCACAUCUGACCGUCGUGAAAUUGCCAAUCAUUUUGCCAAACACUUUUCUACAGCUUUUGUGGAGGGCCGCAUUCACGAAAAUUCGUUCUCCACGACCAGUGAAAUCGCGCUCGCUCAGUUCAAAAUAACGGCUGAGGAGGUUUUUGGCGGUCUAUCAGCUAUUGAUGAAUUUGGAAGCACAGGACCGGAUGAAAUUCCACCAAAAUUUCUCAAGAACUGUGCUCAAUCAAUAUUCCGACCAUUGUUCCUUUUAUUUUCAUCUUCGUUGGAGAAAAGUGUUUUUCCGAGUGCCUGGAAGAAUUUGAAAAUUACACCGAUUUUCAAGAAUGGAAUCAAGCCCGAUUACAAUAACUACAGACCAAUAUCCAUCCAGUCGGCUAUACCGAAACUUUUCGAAUCCAUAGUUGUCCGGCAGUUCACCCAGGCCUUCUCGCAAGUGUUAUCGGUUAAUCAACAUGGUUUUACAAAAGGAAGAUCCGUGGAAACAAACCUGUUUCUAUACUUGAACCGGAUUUUUGGUUCUCUUGAUCAAGGUAUUGAAGUGCACUCGAUCUACACAGAUUUUUCCAAAGCAUUUGACCGGGUUAACCACAAAUUGCUGAUAUUCAAGCUAAAAAAGUACGGUCUAGGUAACCAAGCAGUGAAAUGGUUGGAAAGCUACUUAGCUGGUCGUAAAGCACGAGUCCAAAUCGAUGACACUUUGUCGGAUCCCAUUGACAUCAAAUCUGGAGUUCCGCAAGGGACACAUUUCGGCCCGCCUUUGUUCCUGGCAUACGUCAACGACAUAUCUUCGAUAUUCUCCUCAAAUCAUGCCCUUUUUGCUGACGAUCUUAAGCUCGACUACAGACCUAUCGAGAACACCCUGGAUGUGCUGAUCCUUCAACAAGAUUUGGUACAACUUGAAAUAUGGGUAUUAGAUAAUGAUUUGCAACUGAACUUAACCAAAUGUUGUUCAAUUUGUUUUUCGAAGAAAUCAUCGCCUUCUGUUCCGCUCUACCAUCUUUGUGGUCAAGAACUUCAACAUAUGGGCAUCAUCAAGGACCUGGGGGUAGUACUUGACACAAAAUUGAAUUUCCAGCAUCACUACGAUCAUGUUAUUUCGAAGGCUAGCAAAAUGGUUGGGCUCAUUCGUCGCCAAUGUCGCAUCUGGACUAUUGCUGCACGAUCUGGUCACCAUACUACUUAACUCACGUCAAUCGGUUGGAAAAGAUACAGAACAAUUUUCUUCGCCUUAUAAAGUACAAAUUCCUUCUUCAUGGAAUCAUUUUGGAUCGCACUGAAAAUGUCCGACUUUACUUGGGAAUACUGACUCUUAAACAGAGGAGAAAUUUACUUACCGCAUGUUUUGGUUUCAAACUACUAAAUGGUCACCUAAACUGUCCGGAUAUUUUAUCCACUAUUAAUUUAAAC